AUUACAACCCAAGGAAUGAUGACUUGAACACUGCUAGAGAUGGCUAUGAGUUUGAGAGUGUUGCUGGCAUAAUGAAAGCAGUUCCCUUACCCAGAGUAGUGUAUGUUAAUAAGCACUGCACUGCUAGCCUAGGGAAAGAAGGUGGUGAAGAAAACAUUGAAGUUGGGACAUUGUUGUUAAUUCAAGGAGUAGAGAAAGUUAAAAGUCGCUUUGGGAAAGUCAACAUGCUUAAGUGUGUUAAAAUAACAGAUGACACAAGGGAGCUUUAUCUUGCUGAAAGCUGUAAAGGACAAUUCACUACACAGGAAUCAUUAAUACGCUUUCCUCUUACAGCCCUUUUGAAAUAUUUUGAAGCACCAAUCACUACAACAAUAUAUCAUGGGAAAGGAAAUUCACUUCAUUCUCGUUGUAAAAACAAAAUUAUAGUGAUAGAAAGCAAGAGCAUAACAAUGUCGACAUCAAUCAUUGUGUCACUUGGCUCUACUUCUGCUACGAUUCAACAGCAGCAUAAACCACUUGGGAAGCUGCUUGAAAUACAUACCAAUAUUUCUCUGGGUUUUUACAUUAGUAGUUGCAAUGGAAAAGAGACGGAAGACCUUAAACAAAAAGCAGUUUCUUUGUCACAGUCACUCUCUCCAGAACAAGUGACAGUCUUGUAUACAUUAGGAUUGGAGGAUUCAUUGCAAAGGGACCUGCUAUCACCAGUCAACAACAAAGAGUGGCUUCAUGAGAUCCAGACACUCAGUGAAACAAUAUAUGACUCUGCUCCAGUGGUGAUGCCUAAAGCUACAAAGAAGGCAGCAGUCUCUUCUCUUCCUAAACCUCAGCUUUUCUUGGCCAGUCAUGAUCCUAAAAUGAAUUGUUUUCUGUCUGAAGUGACCGAGAAGAAAGUCGAAAGCUAUACCCAUUCACAUAGUGAUGCAUUUAGCAGUCAAUCGUCUCAUCAGAAGUUAACAAUAGCAGUACAGGAUAAUUCUGCGUAUGGAAUGGUUGUACCAAAAGGAUUUCACAUUAAGUCUUCGGAAAAGCCCAAACUUUCAGUGGUAACAUCAAGCACUUCAAUCAAUCCAAGCACCAUUGUUACGUCUACCAAGUCUCCUGAAAGUUUCCCUGAAAAACCCCGAUCCAAAACCUUUCUUGAUUUCAAUAGAAGCACAUUGGCUAGCUAUGAUAUAAAAAAGGUAGUAGAUUUACUGGUAAAGAUGAGGUUGGAACAAUAUGCUGAGACAUUUCAGAGGGAGCAAAUUGAUGGUAAGAUACUGCUUGAAUUAGAUGAAAGUGUACUUAAGGAAGAGCUGGGAAUGACUAAGAGGAUACAUCGUUUAAAACUAUUGAACAUUAUUAAUGGUGAUCAAUGUAUUUCAUUUUAUCUUAAAUAGAUUGUUUUAACUUUGUGCAAGCAUGCAGUUAACUUAUUAUUAUUUUCACUUAAUAGACUUUUUUCCUUUUGAGACUAA